AUGAAAUAUUGGCUUUUCUAUUCUUUGCUUCUUUUUCUCUUGGGCACUCAUCUUGUAAAAAGUGAUGAUGAUGACAUACUCGAGUAUAAAAGUGACAUAGGAGACUGUCCCUGUGAAGUAGAAACCUAUGAAGCUGAUGAAGACCAUGGAGUGAUAAAAUCACCUAACUACCCAAAGUUUGAUGGUUGUGAUGGAAGAUGUAUCUAUGUGAUUCGUCCACACAUAAACAAGACUGUUACAAUAUACACGUCACAGUUUGAAAUAUCUCAAAGAGCUAGUCUUAUUAUCUACACCCUUGUUGAAGAGAAAGGACAGUUUAUACGUAUUCCUCAUGCUAAAAUCAAGAGACCGUAUAGUUACUACUACAACUCUGGUGAAGAAACAUUCCCAGGCUUUGUUUCUGCCAAAAAUGCUGGAUAUGAAAUUCAUUUUAUAAGCCAUACCACAAAUUACUACACCAGCUUCAAAAUGUCGUUUGAUAGAAAUUACGAAUAUGAAGACGUCUGUGACUACCCUAUUGUUGAUGUGGGAUUAGAGGAAACCGUUGUUCAAAGAAAACAUCAAUUCAGGGCGGCGUCAGGUUGCGUAUACAUGCUGAGAGCCAACGAGUCAAAUGUGGACUCCGACGAAGAUGAAAUUAUGAUAAACAUAGAGGAGAGUGACUACAAUUUGGUGUCAGUUCGUUCGAAUGAUGCGUAUGGAAAACUUAAAGCUGGAGAUUUGUCAUCAAGAGCAAGAACUAUUCUGAAGAGUGCCUACAACAUCCAAAUUUUGUCUCAUAAAUCUUCUAGGACUGAUGGAAACUACAAAAUGACAGAGAUAACCGCGAAGUUGAUAAAGAAAAAAUGUGAAUGUGGUCCGCUCACCUACACAAUUGACAUCAAAAAUCAGUCCUCUGUGUCUCUCCGCUCACCGGGAUUUCCUGACUUGUAUUGUCCAAACCGCGAUUGCAAAUAUACAAUUAAAACCGUCAAUUAUCAAUAUGAACAGGAUAAAAUAGGAGUGCUGGAAGUGAAAAUCAAAUCCAUGGUUGCUACAAGAGACUCUUUGGUUUUAAGGAGUGAAGACAAAUACUAUCUGGAGUCCAAUAAGUACAAAGCAGUGACGGACAACAUCGAGGAGCAUUUCGUAAUCAAGCAACAACAACUAUUCUUAGAUUACUCUUCAUAUGAUGAAUAUGACAAACGAUUCUUUGAAGUCAACGUCACACAAAUCAUGAUUGACGCAGAGUGCUCUUGCAGUUUCUACAAAGAGAAGAAAAUUGGGACUGCUGUCCCUGCAGAGUUGGAUAUCACGUUUCCUGCACAUUGCACAUUCAUUUAUUGCAACUUUGAUUUGAAGGUGGGAGAUUCUUAUCGUCCUGAACGUUCAGCCAUUGAAUUCCAAGUGAUCGAUGCGGCUAGCCGUGACUUAAUUGUUAUAAAAGAUAAAAGGCAUGAAGAGAAAUACCACGGAUCGAUGUUACAAAGAAAAAACCGAUUCGAGCCGAUUCAUGAUAGUUCCUUCACUUACUAUCGUGAAAACCAUGCGUCUAAUUUCACGACAAGACUGAUGUUCAACUAUACUGUUUUGUCGAGAUGGAGAACAUGCAAUGGUGGAACAGAAAUAUCAAAUGUUGACUAUGACAAACCAGUAAUUAUUACAAACCCUGGUUUCCCACAAGGCUAUGACAACGAUUUGCUCUGCAAGUUCUUGGUGAAUGUUCCUGCUGGAUGUCGUAUGGCUUUGAGUAUUGACGAAGUUAGUUUGGAAAACUUUCACGAUCACAUCAGUAUCUAUGAAGGAAACUCGACAGAAGGGAAAUUAAUACAAGUGUACACUGCCCACAUCUCUCACCAAGUUCUCAAUGUGUCCACAACCACUAUUCUCAUUGUCUUCCAAACGGAUCAAAGUACUACAGACAGAGGUUUCCAUAUAACUGCCACCGCCCAAUUACUUCUGGAUGAACCUGGUGAAGAAACUAACACCCGGACUUAUAUACUGAUUGCUUUGGUGCUCGUACUCAUUUUUAUAAUUGUAUUCGUCCUCUUCAUCUAUGAAAAAUACUAUGGAAGUCAUAGAAUUGAGAGAAGAAAUAACACUGGGACAACUGGCGGCGGAAACACUAACGGAACUACAAUGGAUGAAAGAGACGGAGGAAAUGGAGGGAAUCCACCGGCAAGAGAAACCGUUUUCAAUUUCAUGAACUAA